AUGGCUUCUUUAGCAGCAGCUCAAGUGCAAGAGGUGCGUUCCAUAACGCGAAUUGAAAGAAUUGGCGCGCAUUCGCAUAUCAGAGGACUCGGUCUCGAUGAUUCAUUGGAGCCGAGAGCCGUUUCCCAGGGCAUGGUGGGACAGAAGAUGGCCAGAAAAGCCGCCGGAGUCAUCCUGCAAAUGAUUCGAGAAGGAAAAAUUGCUGGGCGGGCUGUGCUUCUGGCGGGUCAGCCUGGAACCGGUAAAACAGCAAUUGCUAUGGGUCUAGCGCAGGCUUUAGGCCCCGAUACACCAUUUACCAGUAUGGCAGGAUCAGAGAUCUACUCCUUAGAAAUGAGCAAGACGGAGGCGCUUACACAGGCCAUAAGAAAAUCGAUUGGCAUCAGGAUCAAGGAGGAAUCGGAGAUAAUAGAGGGGGAGGUAGUGGAAGUGGUGAUAGAGAGGGCUGCAGGCACUGGAGGAGCCCGAGUCGGUCGUCUGACCUUGAAAACCACAGAUAUGGAGACCAAUUAUGAUAUGGGAACCAAAAUGAUUGACUCGCUACUAAAAGAGAAGGUCCAAGCCGGUGACGUGGUGACCAUAGACAAGGCGACGGGCAAGAUAAACAAGCUAGGCAGGAGUUUCGCCCGAGCCCGAGACUACGAUGCGACCGGUCAACAGGCGCGCUUCGUCCAGUGCCCAGAGGGGGAGCUCCAGAAGCGCAAGGAGGUGGUCCAUACCGUCACCCUCCACGAGGUGGACGUGAUAAAUUCCAGGACGCAUGGCUUCCUCGCUCUGUUCUCGGGCGACACUGGGGAAAUCAAAUCCGAGAUACGGGAACAGAUCAACAGCAAAGUGGCCGAGUGGAGAGAGGAGGGCAAAGCGGAGAUGAUACCAGGUGUUCUGUUCAUAGACGAGGCCCACAUGCUGGACAUUGAGUGCUUCUCGUUCCUGAACCGCGCUCUAGAGCAAGAGACCGCCCCAAUAGUCAUAAUGGCCACCAACAGGGGAAUCACCCGGAUCAGGGGCACCAACUACAAGAGCCCCCAUGGGAUCCCCCUGGACCUGCUCGACAGGAUGAUCAUAGUGCCCACAACCCCAUACUCGCAUCAGGAGCUUAAAGAGAUCCUGAACAUCAGGUGCGAAGAGGAGGACUGCCAGAUGUCUGCGGAUGCCCUGACCGUCCUGACCCGCGUUGCAACGGAGACCUCGCUGCGUUACGCCAUCCAGCUGAUAACCACUGCUUCGCUUGUGGCCAAGCGCAGGAAAGCUACCGAAGUAAGCAUGGAGGAUGUGAAGAAAGUUUACUCCCUGUUCCUGGACGAGCACAGAUCUGAGCAAUUCCUGAAGGAGUACCAGGACGAAUUUAUGUUCGACGACGGAGCGGGAGAUGCCCCACAGCUGAUGGAAGUGUCGCAG